AUGGCGCCGACGAAGCGCAAGGGACCUGGGGACACGGUGGGAGUGGCUCAGAUCAACCCAGAAGGCAUCACGGGGCUCGACGAUGAGAUGGAGGUGCAGCUGCUUGGCGCGGGACAAGAGGUUGGGAGGUCUUGUUGCGUCAUUCGGUACAAAGGAAGGACGAUCGUGUGCGAUGCGGGCGUCCACCCCGCUUUCUCCGGCAUGGCGGCCCUCCCCUUCCUCGACGAACUCGACUGGUCAACGGUCGAUGCCAUCCUCAUCACGCACUUCCACCUCGACCACGCCGCUUGUCUGACCUACGUGAUGGAGAAGACCAACUUCAAGGAAGGCAACGGCGUCGUGUACAUGUCGCAUCCGACGAAGGCCGUCUACCGCUACCUCAUGAGCGAUUUUGUCCGCGUCUCGACCGCUGGCAGCGACGACAACCUCUUCACCGAAUCCGAGAUGCUCGCCUCCUUCGACCAGAUCCAAUCCUUCGACUUCGAGCAGGAAAUCCUCCUCCCGCCUUCAUCCUCCUCAUCCGCCUCCGUCCGCUUCACCUCCUUCGCCGCCGGCCACGUCCUUGGUGCAUGCAUGUUUCUGAUUGAGGUUGCCGGCGCAAGGGUGCUAUAUACGGGAGACUACUCGACAGAGGAGGACCGCCAUCUUGUGCCGGCGAAGGUGCCGAAUUGGGAGCGACCGCCGGAUGUCAUGAUCUGCGAGUCGACCUAUGGUGUCCAAUCGCACGAGCCCCGGCUGGAGAAGGAGGCGCAGUUCACCAACCUCGUAAGAUCGAUCUUGAAGCGAGGUGGACGCGUUCUCCUCCCGGUCUUCGCCCUCGGCCGAGCGCAAGAACUGCUCCUCAUCCUUGACGAGUACUGGGCGGAACACCCAGAACUCCAGCACAUCCCCAUCUAUUACGUCUCGAGCCUGGCGAUCAAGUGUAUGGACGUUUACCGGCAGUACAUUCACACGAUGUCGCCUAACGUCCGCUCGAAGUUCGCUCGCGGCAUCAACCCCUUCGACUUCAAGCGCAAAGACUCCUUCAUCCGCCCGCUUGACCGUGGCAUCUCGAAGCUGAAUGACCGCAACCCCUGCGUCGUCAUGGCCUCACCCGGUUUCUUGACCAGCGGAGUCAGUCGCGAGCUGUUGGAGAAGUGGGCGCCGGAUCCGAGGAACGGGCUGAUCAUCACGGGAUAUAGCGUCGAGGGUGUGAUGGCGAGGACCAUCAUGAACGAGCCGACGGAGAUUGCUGCGCUGAACGGAGGCGCCAAGAUUGCGAGGCGAUUAUCUGUCGACUACAUCUCGUUCUCCGCGCACGUCGACUACACGCAGAACUCGAAGUUCAUCGACGAGGUCAUGCCUUCGCACCUCAUCCUCGUUCACGGCGAGGUCAACAACAUGUCUCGCCUGCGCGCUGCCCUCAAAACCCGCUUUGCCGAACGCAAGAAUGACGUUCAGAUCUAUACACCUCGAAACGUUGAGACCGUCAAGCUCAAGUUCCGCGGCGAGCGCAUGGCAAAGGCCCUCGGCUCGCUCGCGCAGACCGCGCCGACUCCCGCUACUCCCCUUUCCGGCCUUCUCGUCUCGAAAGACUUCUCCUACACGCUCCUCUCGCCUGCCGACCUGCGCGAGUUCACCGGUCUCUCGACCUCGCUCAUCCUCCAACGACAGCGCCUUGCGCUCUCCGUCUCGUGGGAUCUCGUGCGUUGGCACUUACAGGGCAUGUACGGGAAGAUCAAGGAGGGUCGGGAUGCGGAGGGUACGCCGACGAUGCGUGUGAUGGAGACCGUUGAUGUCAAGAUGACGGACAAGCACGAGCUCGCGAUCGAGUGGGUCGGCGGCGUCACGAACGACAUGAUUGCAGAUUCGGUGCUGGCGGUCGUGCUGGGCAUCGAGGGGAGUCCGGCGAGCGUGAAGAAAACGAUCGACGACCACCCUCAUCACCACCCGCACCCGCACCCCUACGCUGAAGCGCCGACGCCUCCCGCAACUUCCGACGAGCCUGAAGCCGCGAAAAUCGAGGAUGAGGAGACCGCCGUCCUUCCUACACGACUGGACCGCCUGAUCGCCUUCCUCGACUCGUAUUUUGGGCAGGUCGAGCUCGUCCGGCCUGAGGAGUUAUCUACAUCGCCUACGAACGGCGACGCGGCGCAAGAAGCGGACGCUGACGUCAAAGACGUUGCCGGGGAGACGGCGGUGAAGAUCGAGGCGGAUGAGAGCGAGCCGGCGGAGAAAGUCGAGGACAAGGCAGAGGCAGAGGCGGAGCGAGAAGCCGCGAAGGAGCGGGAGCGGCUUGAGGAGGAGCGGCAGCGGCCUAGGGCGCCGGUUAUCCGGGUCAAGCUGGACGAGCACUGGGCCGAUGUCAAGGUCGAGGAUUUGACGGUCGUCUCCGACUACACGCCACUGCAGCGCCGGGUUGAGUCGGUCGUACAGAUCGCGAUGGCGAUUGUCACGCCGCUUUCGGCUCUCGCACCGGGCAAAGGAAGCGCAAAGGCGCCCACACUAGCGGACGACUUGCACAAGGUCAAGAAGCGCGCCGGCGAGAACGGACCGGCCUUGCCAGCGGUGCAGGAGGAUGCGACUUCUGCGUAG